CGCAAAAAAAUAAGAAUGAGAAAUUGCCUUCUCAGGGGCGACUCACUCUGUUCGUGUGAGUGAGAGAUUGAGAGAGCACUGUGAAGAAUUGCCGGUGAAUCUCCGCCACUGCCGCCGUUUCUCCAGCUCCUCGCCGGCGUCGCCCUGUCACCGCUCCUCACUUCUCCGCCGGAGUCCCCUUACAAUGCGGAUGCGCUCCUCCGCGAAUCUCCUACUGCUGUUCUCAUGCAGCAUCCUCCUCUGCUCCUCGGUUUCUGUCCUCGCCGCGGAGCUGUCCGGCGAGUCCAUCUCGCUGGCGGAAGAAAUCAAUGCCACUGCAGCUGAGCUGAACGGCACCAUGCCGAGAUCCGAGAAGGACAGCUUCGCCGACAUGAUCGAUCGCGCUCUGGAGAAGGAGUUCCCUGAGAAUGAGCAGAACGAAGCUGCUGAUGCCGGAAGUUUCAACAAUAGUGUUGCUGGGCAGCAGGCAGUGUUGGAAACUGUUGCUAGGGUGAAGUCCAAGAAAAAUGAAACCAAGGAGGAAAAGUCAUUCCAGCUGCACACUGUUUUUAACCUGGACAACGAUAAUCGUGCAGAAGACACUCCAACAUUGAUUGACCGGAAGGACAAUGUCUUUAUCAUAUCCAAUCCAAAAUCAAAGUACCCUGUUCUACAGUUAGAUUUAAGAUUAAUAUCGGAUCUGGUCAUCGUGAUUGUCUCUGCGACUUGUGGUGGCAUAGCAUUUGCCUGUGCUGGACAACCGGUUAUUACUGGAUACCUGCUUGCGGGCUCUUUUAUUGGGCCUGGGGGCUUAAGCUUUGUUAGUGAAAUGGUACAGGUUGAAACAGUUGCUCAGUUUGGUGUGAUAUUUCUUCUUUUCGCAUUGGGCCUUGAGUUCUCCACGACCAAGCUUCGUGUUGUUAGAGCAGUUGCUAUUCUAGGAGGCCUUCUCCAAAUUUUUCUAUUCAUGUGCUUGUGUGGGAUUACAGCCUCGUUAUGUGGAGGUCAUCCUUCAGAGGGAGUGUUUGUUGGUGCAUUCCUUUCAAUGUCUUCAACAGCUGUGGUUUUGAAAUUUUUGAUGGAAAGGAACAGUAUAAAUGCCCUUCAUGGUCAGGUCACAAUUGGUACACUUAUUCUGCAGGAUUGUGCUGUGGGAUUGUUAUUUGCUCUACUUCCUGUUCUUGGUGGAAAUUCGGGUGUACUUCAAGGAGUAAUAUCCAUGACUAAAUCGCUGGUGGUUCUCAUUAUGUUUUUGGCAGUAUUAUCGAUAUUGUCGCGGACUUGUGUACCCUGGUUUCUCAAGCUUAUGAUCAGCUUAUCAACACAGACAAAUGAACUCUAUCAAUUGGCAUCAGUGGCCUUCUGCUUGCUUGUGGCUUGGUGUAGUGAUAAGUUGGGUUUGAGCCUUGAACUAGGUUCAUUUGCUGCGGGAGUGAUGAUAUCAACUACUGAUCUAGCUCAACAUACGCUCGAACAAGUUGAACCCGUCCGCAACUUCUUUGCUGCUCUUUUUCUUGCUAGCAUUGGAAUGUUGAUACACAUUCAUUUUCUCUGGAACCAUGUUGAUAUCUUACUAGCAGCAGUUAUACUGGUGAUUAUUAUAAAAACCAUUGUGGUUGCUGCUGUUGUCAAGGGAUUUGGAUACAACAACAAGACAUCACUUCUAGUUGGAAUGUCUUUGGCCCAGAUUGGAGAAUUUGCUUUCGUUCUUCUCAGUCGAGCAUCUAAUCUUCGAAUAAUUGAGGGUAAAUUGUACCUUUUACUGCUCGGGACAACAGCUCUCAGUUUGGUGACAACUCCUCUGCUCUUCAAGUUAAUUCCUGCUGUUGUGCACCUUGGGGUGCUAUUGGGUUGGUUCUCGCCCGAUGCUCCCAGCGAGAUGGGAUAUAAAGGAGAUAGCCUUCGCGCAGAAAGUGCUAAGCGAAUUACCUUCAUGGUCCAAGGCUCUCAUGAUUCAUGAUAUUAAUAAAGUGCAUGAAUUGUCCCACCCGAAAAGAAAACAAAAAAGAAUUCAGCCUUUAUUUCCUGAUGGGAUUCUUAUACAUUGGGGGACAGGUGUCUAAGACUGCGAAGGAGGUCGACUGAGUGAGAAAACAGUUUUCUAUUCUAUCCCAAAGCUCUUCCCAACUCCACUUCCUCCCGGUACAUAUAGAUCCACGAUCAGAGCCUCAGUGAAAAUCCCAACAAAGUUUUACCACGUAGAAAGAAAAAGCUACGAAGGUUGUAUAUGAUUCACAGGCAAACACACCUUCCCCCCCUCUAAUUUUGGAUGUUUAGGUCAUCAUUUUACUCUCCUCUGAUGGCCACUCUGUAAUAUAUGUUGUCCAUCUUGUAAUCUAGCUAGGAAGGAUGAGUAUCAUUCCAUUGUUUUUUGACUUCUCCAAUUGUUGAUUGAUUGAUUCUUUGUUUUUGAACAAUCAAGUAAGUCUUACUUCUCAGUUUUGUUU